ACGACAGCACUACUAAACUAGUCAGCUUGGAGGAAAGGGCCACGUCUUCGCCGCACAGCGUGUAGUGUUGUUUUUUAAGUCGGUUUUGUCUUAAACGGAUUUUUGGAACAGACACACGCGAUCCUGGAACAAUGCAGGUCGAUUUUCUAUCAUUAGCUUUGCUAGCUUUUCUUUUCCUCGGAGUUCGAGGAGCCGAGGAAGAUGUUUUGGAUUUGACUGAUGAAAAUUUCACCGAGGAAUUAUCCAACCAGGAAAACUCGCUUGUCAUGUUUUUCGCACCUUGGUGUGGACAUUGCAAGCGUUUGAAACCCGAAUAUGCAAAGGCAGCAGAAUUAUUGAAAGACAAUGACCCUCCAAUCGUUUUGGUUAAAGUUGAUUGUACUGAAGGUGGAAAAGAAACCUGUAAUAAAUUCUCAGUGAGCGGUUACCCAACCCUGAAAAUAUUCGCCAAGUCUGAGAUGGUGUCCGACUAUACUGGUCCUCGAGAAGCUGCCGGAAUUGCUAAAUUCAUGAAGGCUCAAGUUGGACCUGCAUCCAAGGAAUUGACAGACGAAGAAUUAUUCAAGGCUUACUUGGAGUCUGACGAGGUUGUCGUAGUUGGAUUCUUUGAAAAAGAAGAUUCAGCAUUGGCCGCUUCCUUCCACUCCGUCUCGAGAAAACUCAAAGACAAAGUCAAAUUUGCUCACACUGCUGUUAAUUCUAUCCUUGAAAAGCACAACCUCAAGGAUGGUAUUGCUUUGUUCCGACCAAAGAUUCUUCACAAUAAAUUCGAAGACAAGAUUGUUACUUUUGAUGGCGGAGAUUCGGUUGGUGAUGUUACAGCAUUCGUUCAAAAUAACUUGUUUGGUAUCGCUGGAGUGAGGACUCGAGACAACGCCGUUGAGUUCAAGAACCCCUUGAUUGUUGCUUACUACAACGUCGACUACACCAAAAAUCCCAAGGGCACCAAUUACUGGCGCAACAGAGUUCUUAAGGUAGCCAAGAACUUCCCCAAGUUUAACUUCGCAAUUUCUGCCAAAGACGAUUUCCAACACGAAUUGAACGAAUUCGGAGUUGAUUUUGCCAAAGGUGACAAGCCAAUCAUCCUCGCGAGAGAUGCCAAGGACCAGAAAUUCGUCAUGCAGGAUGAGUUCUCGGUCGAGACCUUUGAGAAAUUCCUGAAGGAUUUGGAAGCUGGAAACCUGGAGCCAUAUCUCAAGUCGGAACCUAUUCCAGAGGACAAUUCCGGAAGUGUGAAGAUUGCAGUUGCCAAGAACUUCGACGAGGUAGUCACGAACAAUGGAAAGGACACCUUGAUCGAAUUUUACGCACCCUGGUGUGGCCACUGCAAGAAAUUGGCCCCAAUUUUCGACGAAUUGGGAGACACUCUUGCAGAUGAGGAUGUUGAAAUUGUGAAGGUCGAUGCAACUGCCAAUGAUGUUCCUCCUCUAUUUGAAGUCAAGGGCUUCCCAACUAUCUUCUGGCUGCCAAAGGACUCCAAAGACAAGCCUGUUAAGUACGAAGGCGGCCGGGAAAUGGACGAUUUUGUUAAAUAUAUUGCUCAACAUGCCACAUCAGAACUCAAGGGCUUCGACAGGAAGGGCAACGUCAAAUCCAAGGACGAAUUGUAGAGCGUUUUGUUGAAGAUAUUUGGUAUAAAACGCUCUUGAGUCACUGGAGUAUUUCUGAAAUUAAGUAUCGUCAGAGUGAGAACAACUCAACGAUAUUUAAUAGAAUACUACGAGACUUUUCUUUUCCGUUUGCAUUUCGUCAAUGACGAUAAAAUCAGUGAAUGAAUUUUUGAAGACUAUCCUUUUUUUUUACUAACCAGUACAUGACUUCAUAUGCGUAACUGAACUCUUUUUGAAGUUAUUUUGAGUUUUGAACCUGAAAAUGUAUGAGUAUUUAUCGGUAGACGAGUGUGAGUUUAGAAUUCUACUCAAGAAGCUUUUGAGACUUGGAAGAUCUUUUUCUAGAAUUUAUGAAAUGAAAAUUGAAAAAUAUUGUACAUUUAUUUUAUAGAAUGCAAUAUGGUGAUAUGUAUGGAAGUGUUAUAAGCGUGUAAUGUGAGAAAGAAGACAUUCUGUCUGCUUUUUUGUACGAGAGUAAAAACAAGGAGAAGCGAUUGACUCAGAAUAUUCUCAACAAGUUAUAACUUCAUUCCACAUUUGUGCAUUAGAAAGGCUGGUUUAGAUGGAUAAGUUAUGUUAAGUGAUAAUUGAUUUUUUUGAUUAUAUGAAACUCAUAAUAAAUUGUUUUAUACAAACA